AAGGAGUGACGUCUGGCGCGCAGGCCCGCCCGGCGACCCCGCCGCCCUCCGCAUGGCUUCCGAGCUGACCUCCGUCGUGCCACCUGCCUCGUCGUCUGCCUGAAUGGAGUCAAUUGGCAUCGUACUGCUCUAGUCGAUGCAUCCAUACCGUCUGCGUCUGUCGUCUCAUCGAUUCCUCCAUCCCUUUCAAUCUGUCGCCCGGCACCGCCCCCGCAACUCGUGGCGAGCCUUUACGAUGACUCCAACGCUGACCGACGGGGACUCUGCGAAGCACCCCAAGAAGCUGAUCUUCGCUCCUGGGGACAUCCAGGCCACUCCCGAAUCUAAAGCCACUCCCCCGCCGACCCUCGAUUCGAACGCACCAGCGCCCGCCGCAGAAGACCUCCGCUCGAACGCCUCGACGCCCGAUUCCGCGGCCGAAAAUGAGAUCGUCUCCCACCCAGCACGCGCUCACCAGUUCGUGAGCAACCCUCCGCUCACCAUCUCCCAGAUGCAUCCGACCAACCCCCUUCACCAAUUCCACUCCUGGUUCCGCGAUCCCCGACUACUGCCCUCGUCCGCCCCCGAGACCUGCACCCUCGCCACGGCUAGCAUGCCGACGGGCCGUGUCAGCGCCCGUGUCGUAUACCUCAAGGAACUGGACGAGCGCGGCUGGGUGGUGUACAGUAACUGGGGCAGUCGCGAAGGCAAAGGCGGCCAGGUGUUUGGCAAUCAUGCGGACGGCGAGGACACACUGAGCGCCAUGCCAGAGCCCGGGCAAGACGAGAGUCUCCAGGAAGGUCUGCAGCAGGGCAACAAGUGGGCGGCGCUGACGUUCUGCUGGUCGAAUCUGGAACGUCAGGUGCGCAUCGAGGGGCUGGUCGAGCCCCUCAGUCGCGAGGAGAGUGAGGUGUACUGGCAGACGCGGGAACGGGGCAGUCAGAUCGGUGCCUGGGCUAGCUGGCAGAGCAAGGUGCUGUGGUCCAUGGAGCCGGAGAUCCUGAUUGACCGGCGACGGAAGAGUCUGGAUCCAACCAUGUGCGCGCAGAUUCCGAAGGAUGUGGAUGAGACGGAUAUUGAUGAUGGUCGGGCGCUGCUGGAGAAGCGGGUGCGGGAGAUGGAGGAACGGUUUGCGGGGGUCGAGCAGAUUCCUUUGCCUCCGUAUUGGGGUGGCGUGCGCUUGGUGCCAGAGUCCGUGGAGUUCUGGCAGGGCCGACGCAGUCGUUUGCAUGAUCGGUUCCGGUAUGUGAGGGUGCAUGCUGAGGAUGAGUCGGCGUAUAGAUGGCGGAUCCAGCGGUUGUCGCCGUGAUGACUACAAAUGUAGACGAGCUGAUACCAGCUGAUGCCAGCUGAUACCAGCUUAAGAGUGAUGAUACCGUGAAUGUCAAGACUAUUUUUAUACUACUA